AUGUCGUCGUCGCCUUCCUCGGCCCAUUGGCUCGGCCUCGUCGGGACCAUCUGGCUGCAGACCAUCAACGGCCCCAACUCCGACUUCCCCGUCUACUCGUCGCAGCUCAAGGAGCUCAAGGGCAUCUCCCAGGUGCAGCUCAACUUCCUAGCGUUCGCCUCCGACGCUGGCAAGCUCUUCGGCUGGUUCUCCGGCGUGGCCGCGCUCUACGUGCCGCUCCCGCUCGUCGCCUUCGUCGGCGCGUGCUUCGGCCUCGUCGGCUACGGCGUCCAGUACCUCUUGGUGGACAGCCCAGGGCUCAAGUUCUGGCACCUGUUCCUGCUCACCGCCCUCGCCGGGAACGGCAUCUGCUGGAUCAACACCGUCUGCUUCCUGCUCAGCGUCAAGAACUUCGCGUCCAGGAGCCGCGUCGCCGUCAGCCUCGCCACCAGCUACCUCGGCCUCAGCGCCAAGGUGUACACCAGCCUGGCCGAGACCAUGCCCCGCCUGGCCGACUCCAAGGCCAAGACGUACCUCCUCCUCAAUGCCGUGGUGCCGGUGAUCGUCACCGUGUUCGUGGCGCCGGCCCUCAGGCUGUUCGACCUCAAGAGCGACUCCAUGUCGAGCACGGACACGGCAUUCCUCGUCAUGUUCGCGAUCACGCUCGCCACAGGGGCGUGCGCCGUGGUCGGCAGCAUCGGCUCCACGGCCAGCUGGUUGUCCUCCAGGGAGCAGAUGGUGAGCCUCAGCGUGCUGCUGGCCGUCCCCAUACUGAUACCGGUGGCGCUCAAGAUGAACAAGAUCGGGGAGGCGAAGCGCGAGAAGGAUGACGCCGUGGUCGUGAUCGAGGUGACGGACUUGGAGACCACCGCCGCCGAGGAGGAGGUCGGAGGCCUCCAGCUGCUCAAGAAGCCGGACUUCUGGCUAUACUUCUUCAGCUAUAUGUUCAGCGGCACCCUGGGCCUGGUGUUCCUCAACAAUCUGGGUCAGAUUGCCGAGUCGCGAGGUCUCGGCCGGACUUCCACUCUGGUCUCCCUGUCGUCUUCCUUCGGCUUCUUCGGUCGCCUCCUCCCGUCCUUCAUGGACUACUACUCUGCAAAAAGCGGCCACAGCAUAUCGAGGACGGGGUCCAUGGCGUGCGCCUUCUUCAUGUUGCUCAACCAGGGCAGCGUCUUCCUGUACGCGAGCACUGCCAUCAUCGGGACCUGCACGGGGGCCAUGACGUCGGUGGCGGUGUCCGCGACCAUCGAGCUGUUCGGCGCCAAGAACUUCGCCGUCAACCACAACGUCCUGGUGUCCAACAUCCCUGUCGGCUCGCUCUGCUUCGGCUACUUCUCGGCGCUCCUGUACCAGCGGGAGGCCAGGAAGCGGGGCGCCGCCACCUGCUCCGGCGCCAGCUGCUACCAGGCAACCUUCGCCAUCUGGGGCGCCAGCUGCGUCGUCGGCACGCUGCUCUGCGUCGUCCUCUACGUCCGGUCGCGCAGCAGGUUACUUAGCUAA